CUUAAAACCGGAACUUAAUUUGUGGACUACGGAACGGUGUCGAGAGUGUAAUCGCGAGUGCAAAAUAGUAUCUGGUCACACGUGUUGAAUUAGUGUGGCAGCGAUGUUUGUCCUAUGAACGAAUUAUUUAUUAUAUUGUAGCUAACGUUAAUAUUAAUGUAGAAGCCAUGGCUGCGAAGCCGAGAGAAGUAUCAAGUAGUGAUGCAGAAUCGGAUUCGGAAAGCGAAUUAGUGCAAGAAAAACAGACACGACAACGGCAGCAUACCAAGUACCAGUGUCCAGCGGAUUUUGUCUUCUGCGACAUCAGGCCGUGUGCCAGUACACGUCUGGAGAAUGUGAAAGACGGCGACACAGAGCUGUGGCUCAUCAAAGCGCCCGCAUCGUUCAGUCCAGACAGUUUCUCUGGUAUGAGGGUUCCCGUGGUGGGCCUGGAGACCAUCCAGCCGCGCAGCAGGAAGCAGCAGGUCUACAGCGUCCUCAGCACACCCGUCGCCGUGGGCGACGCUCGCCUCCUGUCGCCCGGCAGCCAGCGCACCGGCGGCACGCUCUGCGCCCCCGCCUUCUCCGGCAUCAUCAACAUCUGCGAGAGCUACGGGGAUCGCCGGGGCCACCAGGUUCCCAUGGCGAUCCCCGCGUGCCCCGCCCCUCUCAUCCUGGAGGGGCUCAAGCAGCGCUUCCAGCCCUUCGGGAGCAGAACCCUGCCCGGCCAGGGGUCCGAAGCGGGGGGGCCGCAGGAGGAGGGCCCCGCCGAGGGCCCUGCAGCAGCCAAGCGCAUGAGAACAGACCCAGAGGAGAGCGCCGCCCCAAAGAAGAAGAAGAAGAAGAAGAAGAAAGACAAUGACGCUGUGGUGGCGAAGGAGGAGAUGGUGGAGGAGGAGGUCUCGGCAGCGGCGAGCCAUGGUCGACCAGACACACCCCCGGUCACUGCCCAAGAGCCUGCCCCAGGGGAGGAAGCGGUGGAGAAGAAGAAGAAGAAAAAGAAGAGCAAGGAUAGAGACAGAGGAGAGGUGGAAGAGAGUGGCAGAGACGUGGAGACGGGUUUGAGAUUAAAAGAGGAAGUAGAGGUGAAAACUGAGCAAAUGGACCUUGCUUGCAGUAGCAUGGAGAAUUUGGUGAAAAAGAAAAAGGUGAAGAAAGAAAAGAAGCAAACGCAGGACUAGCACACCUCAUUUUUACUCUUAACCAGAGCAGAGCAAAGCCUAGAUUUCUGUAGUGAUAAUACAGAAUUACAUUUGCGAAUACAGUAACCUGUCAGAGGUCUGAUUUUGCAGGUUACUGUUUAACAUAAAGGAAACCUAUACUGGAAAAAAUGCAAGCGCAAAAUGCAGAGAAUGGUAAAUUAAUUAAUUUUUUUUUUCCUUUUUUUAUAAUUUCAUUUUUUGUGAUAUGCUUUUUAAAAGGCUGUUUAUAAACAUGGUGGAGUAAUGAACCAUGGGAGUGUUGGCAUGUUGGCAACAGGGACCAUAUCCCAAGGAAACAUCCGGAAGAAUACUUCCAGUAAAAUGUCUUGAGCAAAAAUAAAAUACGUGUGUACACACCCUACUGUGCAAAA